AUGAGUAAACCAAUCAAUGUUUACAGCACACCGGACCUCCGCCAGACGCUAGACGAGGCAUUGCCUGAUGUUUUCAAAAGACUCAACUAUGAACAAUCAUUCAAGUUAAUUGACACAAAGCUUAUCAUAGGCUACUCAAUCGCAGUUGUGGCUGCUAUUUCAUUUUUGUUGGAUAAGAAGCUGAAAUUCGAAGAAGCGCUUUUAUACCAGAAGGUUCUUGUCGGCUCGUACGCAAUCCUAUCAGCAGUAUUUUGGUACUUCAACAACUACAUUGAGAAGGGUGUCAAGUAUACGGGGUACUCGAAAGAGAAAGCUAUCGUUGUGGCUACUAAAAUGACCAAGUAUGAUUACAAUUACCAGGUGACUCUUAGAAACGAGGCUGGUUCUGUAAUCAAGACAACGCUACCCGCAAACACCGUGUUCGACGAACAAGGCUACUUGCAAACAGACCUCCUGUUCAAGUGGUUCGAAGAGAAGCUAGACUCGUUUUAUAAAAAGGCCAAAUAG